UUUCAGCUGUACGAAGUACUUCCCUGGCUGAUGCGUCACAUUCCUGGGCCGCAUCAAAAGACACUGUCCCACAUUAAGUUUAUCUAUGAUCUGGCAAAGGAGGAGAUAGAGAAGCACAAGGAAAACCAGUCCUUGCACGAACCCCGGGAUUUUAUCGAUUACUAUCUUCUUCAGUUGAAAAGAAGCCAGAAUGAUCCUAGCGAUACCUAUGAUGAAGAUAACCUAGCUGAGUGCAUUGUCGAUUUUUUUAUAGCUGGGACAGAGACGAGUGCCACUAGUUUGCAAUGGGCAUUGCUUUUCAUCACCAAUCACCCAGAUGUCCAAGAUAAAGUAUACAAGGAGAUACAAAAUAUUUGCCCCUCAGGCUUGAUUUGCUAUCGGGAUCGAAAGAAACUGCCUUAUACCAACGCUGUGAUUCAUGAGAUCCAGCGGAUCUAUUACGUCUUAAGUUUUGGUAUUGCCAGAAGAUGCAGGAAGGAUACGAACAUGCUUGGUUUUUACAUUCCAAAGGGGUCUAUAAUUGUACCCGAUCUCCGUUCAGUUCUUCUGGAUCCCGUGCAGUGGGAGACCCCUGAACAAUUCAACCCCAAUCAUUUUUUGGACAAAGAUGGAAAUUUUGUGGUGAGGGAAGAAUUUCUUCCUUUUGGAGCAGGGGUGCGUAUAUGUUUGGGAGAGCAGAUAGCGAGAAUGGAGAUUUUCCUUGUCUUUACCAACCUGCUGAGGAACUUCCGGUUUCAGCUGCCUAAGGGAGUGAAACAAUUCAGACAAGAACCUAUAAGUGGACUUACAGUACAUCCCCAUUCUUAUAAAGCUUGUGCUAUGCCCCGUCAAAUGGAGGAAGUUGGAAAAUGGUUGUUUGCUUUGUUCCUGACUGGCAUCGUGUUGUAUUUCCUGAAACAACUGUGGUCCCGUAGAAAUUAUCCACCUGGGCCCUUUCCACUUCCUUUCAUUGGAGUCGCAUGGCAGACGGGAAUUCGAGUAACUCCGACACUUUUAAUCAAGCUGGCUAAGCGAUAUGGAAACAUCUACACAAUAUGGUCAGGACACAUGGCUAUCGUGGUCUUCUCUGGAUAUCAGGCUGUCAAAGAAGCCCUCAUUCAGACGGAAGACUUCGCUGAGCGACAAAUGACUCCUUUUUUUAAAGAGGCCUUUAAAAACAAAGGUAUUAUAUUUUCAAACGGUCAAAACUGGAAGCAACAAAGACGGUUUGGUCUAAAUACUAUGCGAAAACUUGGCCUCGGGAAGAAAGGCAUGGAGAAUCAAAUAGAAGAGGAAGCUCAUCGGUUGGUUGAAAUCUUUGCCCGUGCAAAAGAACAGCCACUAGAUCCUUCGUUGCCUGUCACCACUGCAAUCUCCAAUUUGAUAUGCAUUGUGGUUUUUGGAUAUAGAUUUUCUGCCAAAGAUGAAAAAUUCCAGAGAAUGUUAAUAAACUUGAAUUACUAUAUGAAAUUUGGAGGCAGCUUUGUUUACCUGCUGUAUGAGUUGUUUCCAUGGUUGAUGAAAUACCUUCCGGGACGUCAUCAGAGAGUGUUCCGUGCUUUAAACGAUGUCACCUCGUUUGCCAAGGAAGAGAUAGAGAAGCACAGGGAACUUCAAUCACUGCACGACCCACAAGACUUCAUUGAUUACUACCUUCUUCAGAUGGAGAAAACCAAAGGGGACCCUGAGUCUGCUUAUGAUGAAGAGAACCUAGCUCAGUGCAUUGUUGAUUUUUUUAUCGCAGGCACAGAGACCACGGCCACCACCUUACAAUGGGCACUGAUACUCAUGGUGGCUUACCCGGAGAUCCAAGAGAAAGUCCGCAAGGAAAUAGAAGAUACGUUGGAUCCUACCUAUCCAAUCCGCUAUCAAGAUCGGGUGAAACUCCCGUAUACCCAUGCUGUGAUUCAUGAGGUUCUCCGUUUGAAAUAUGUCUUAAUUGUUGGAGUCCCCAGGCAAAGUGUCAGAGACGUGAACCUCUAUGGAUAUCACAUUCCAAAGGGGACUUUGGUUGUUACAGAUCUGAACUCAGUUCUUUAUGAUCCCAAGAGAUGGGAGACUCCUGAAAAAUUCAACCCACACCAUUUUUUGGACAAGGAUGGACGUUUUAUAUCAAGGGAAGAAUUUUUGCCAUUUGGAGCAGGGCCUCGUGUGUGCCUGGGUGAGCAAAUGGCCAGGAUGGAGCUCUUCCUUUUCUUGACCAUCCUACUGAGGUCCUUUAAGUUUCAGCUGCCAGAAGGAGUCAAAGAACUCAGUCUAGAACCCAUUGUGGGGUUAUCGUUGCACCCUCGUCCUUACAAACUUUGUGCUGUUCCUCACUGUAGGACCCCGUAA